GAACAACCCACACUUUGAGGUCAUGUCUAAAUGCAGUAGCAUUCAUCUGCAGUCUUCGAAGAAGUUCGGCAAUGCAGUGACGUGUAGAAAGGUCUUAAGCCCUUUGCAAGGACUAGGAAGUUCAACUUCUUCGCUCACAAUAGCUUGGACAAACCCUGGACUUGGCAGCACCAGAAUUUAGCUCUGCGUCGUCUGUUUGAAAACUGUGACCUAUAGAACGCUGCCCUCAAUCUUUGACAUCUAUAACUUAUCGAUAAGAAACAAAUAUUUUGGCAGCGAUGUUUGACAUCAGAGGAGCGAUCUUUGCCCUCUUGCUCGUGUCAGGGGAAGCUCUAUCAGACGAUGUUUGGUUCCAGCAGCAGGAUUUUGCGGGAGCGUUACGAAUUCUCGACGAAACUCGCAGGUUGGAGCCCCAGAAAUCCGCCGAAGCCUUGCGGGUGUGGAAAGAUGCGACUUGGAAGGCGGCGGUGGCUGCCUACGACGCCGCAAAGGCGAGAUCUGAUGAAGACAUGGCCGUGCCGUCUCACAACGUGUCGGAAGCCUGUAGGAACGCGACGUUCCGGUACCAGGAGGACCUCCUACAUGGGAAGAUGUACGCCUUACAAAUGUUUGAUGCAGCCGGAAAGUUGCCGAGUGGGUUUUUUGAGGGGAACCUGAACUGGUGGGGCCUGUACAGCCAGUGUACAAACAUCACAGCCAAGGGUUACGGAGAAAACAUCAACUUUGAUGCCAAAUACUGGACUGCAACCAUUGGACCAGUGAUUGCGAAGCCACUGCUGUACCUGCGAGUUGGAGUUUGUGUCCCUGACACCUGCAGCAGGAAUGAUGUGAUUGAAUGGUUAGAUGGCAGUAUCCUGAUGAGGCUGUUGUUACGAGAGGGAAUCACAGUGGUGGACGCAAAAAGUCUGACAGUUUGGACAACUCUACCCAGGACUACACUAGCUGUCAUAUGUAUUGUGAGCAUCGUUGUGGCACUAAUGAUCGCUGGAACACUCUACGACGUCUUCAAGCCCAACCACAUCUCUCGGCCAAUAUGGAAGGUCCAUCAGCCAAUCAGCAACGAGUAUACAAAUGGAGCAGUCACCGAGACAACUCCACUCAUCAACGAUACCUCAGUGACAAGACAAGCUGAGAAGGUGAUAGUGCCUUCUGCUCAGGAAAGGCCAUUGUGUAAGCUCCUCCUGGCCUUCUCCGUCCGAACCAACACCCGGAAGCUGCUGUCUACGCGGGAGUCUCCCGACAGCCUGGGGUGUCUGCACGGGAUCCGCUUCCUCAGCAUGACCUGGGUCAUCCUGGGACACACCUUCGGGUUCGUGAUAGACUAUCUAGACAACCCACUUUUUGGUCUGAAUAUCAUGAAACGUUUCAGCUUUGAGCCAAUUCUGAAUGGGUUCCUCUCAGUGGACUCCUUCUUUUUCCUAAGUGGAGUCCUGAUGGCCUAUCUGAUGCUGCUGCAGCUGGAUAAGUACAGAAGGGAGGGUCGCAGGUUCCCCUACUGGCUGCUGUAUGUGCACCGAUACUGGAGACUGACUCCAGUCUAUGCGUUUGUGUUGAUGCUGUGGGUGUGGGUUUACCCUUACAUCAUGACCGGUCCUGCCGCCACCACCGCCGCCGAUCCCGGCUGUCUCAAAAACUGGUGGUACAACUUUCUCUACAUCAACAACUUCUUAGACAUGGUCACAGGAAAAGAGUGCAUGGGCUGGACCUGGUACCUGGCUAAUGAUAUGCAGUUCUUUGUCAUCAGUGUACCAAUCAUCUGGAUCACAUUCAGGUAUUUCCUGGUGGGAAUGAUCACCCAGGUUGUUCUGCUGCUGGCCAGUUUUGGAGCGACAAUCGGCCUGGCCAUACACUACAACCUGCAACCCACCAUGUCAUCAGCUGGACAAAACCCUGAUGCGAUGAACCUGUACUACCAGAAGCCGUACUGUAGGAUCGGACCGUACCUGGUGGGAACCAUGCUGGGCUAUCUGCUCUACAGAACCAGGGGGCAGGUCCGCAUGCACAAGGCAGUAGCAUUGUUAGGCUGGCUGGCAGCUACAGGAAUCUGCAUGGGUGUUGUGUAUGGACUGUACAACCAUCUUACUCAGGGGGUGGUUCUGAGUCGACCUGUGGCCAUCCUGUACCUGACUGUACACCGGACUGCCUGGGGAGUGGGGCUGGCCUGGGUCGUGUUUGCCUGCGUCAAUGGCUACGGAGGUAUAAUCAACACCAUCCUGUCGUGGAAAGCUUGGAUCCCCCUCAGCCGCCUGACGUACUGCGCCUACCUGGUACAUCCCAUGGUCAUUUUCAUUGUCUACCAGGACCAGAUGGAGGCCAAUAUACACUACUCUGACAUCCUGCUGGCGUACUAUUUUGUGGGGCAUGUGGUGUUCUCCUACGCCGUGGCUUACAUCGUCAGCAUGAUGGCAGAAGCUCCCAUGAGGCACCUGGAGAAACUGGUGCUGAAACAAGACACCUGAGAUCAUAGGCUACUCUAGAGGUAGAAAUGAAUGAAUGAAUGGAUGAAGGAUUGAAUAAAUGAAAGGAGUAAUGGUAUAGGGAUUGAAAGAUUUUACAAAUGAAUGAAUGGUUGAAAGGGACACUUUUAAUGAAGCAGUAUAUGACACUAAAUAGUGGAAAUUUAGUUUCAAUGAGUGGAUGGCUAUGGAUGGAUGGAUGGAUGGAAGGAUGGAUAGAUGGAUGGAUGAGUGAAUGGAUGGAAGGAUGGAUAGAUGGAUGGAUGGAAGGAUGGAUGGAUCACUUAUCACGAAUAGUUAAAGUUAGAAUAUCUGUUACAUUAUAUGUGCACUACUAGCUAUUGAAAAAGCAUUCAUUGACUCAAUCUGAUUGACAUUCCUUCAACUUUGUGUAAAAUAUACCAAAUGUUGUAAGUUACAUUGCAUUAAGUUAAAUCUUUUAACAUAGUUUUGGAGUUGUAUAUAUGGCUUUCAUUAGUCUCAUAUGUUUAGACUUUUAGCUGUGUGCUGAAGCUGUUUAAGGUGUGCUGCUAUAUCCAAGACCAAAUUACUGCUGUGCUAGUUUGCUUUAUUCUAUAUUAAGAAUAUUUUUAAUAAGAAACUAAGCUUUAUUCAGCUUCUCACUGUUUGUAAAGAAUUAAAGAUUUUUUCUUGCAAUAAUUAAUGUUUAAGAUAAUGUAAAUGACAUAUAAAGCUUUAUCUUUUUCUGCAACUUUUACAAAGAGUUAUAUUUGAUUUUUAAAUAACCUCUGAUGAUAGUGUAUUGCAGAUACAAAAAAUCUUUAUCUUAGGUUAAUGUUAACAUUUCCAUAGAAGAUAAAAUGCUUUGCAAGUACUUUAAUUUUACAUAGAAAAUGUGUGUAUAUACUUGGUACUCUGAAGCAUUUUGAAAGGGUUUAAGAUAUAGUCGCUACAAUUAAAGUGAAUCAUUUGUUUUUA